UUUAGCACACUGUUACAGUAACGUUUGUGUGGGUAUGUCAUGGUUUGAUAAUGCAGAGAUCUGUGCACUAAGAAGCUGGAAGAAAUACCGAUUUCAGUAAGAAAGAAGAUUCAACGAAGGAAACACGCGGAACGAUUAUUUUUGUUUAGACGUAGCGUACAUGUGACUUUUGGUAAAAGGCAAACGAAAGAGUGAUUUGCGUUAGAAUUUUAUUUGACAUUGUCUGGAAUAAACGAAUGUUGUUUUGUUUGAAGUUUAAUUUAAAGGAAUCAGUUAUCAGUCUUUCAUGGAUUCGAAUUUAUUGGCCGCUAUAAUUAACCGAUCAACAAUUUGUACAACUUUCGAUGCAUCCUUGAAAGGAACGAGGUUUGAAGACGAGCCUUACAGAAGCAGACGAUAUUGCAAGUGGAAGGUCAUUAUAGAUAAUACAGGGCAAAGAUGGCUUGCUCGCUUGAUUUCUUUGCUGGAUGUUUGGGAGGAUGUGCCGGUAUUAUGGUGGGAUAUCCUUUGGAUACGGUCAAGGUCCACAUGCAGACUCAGGACUGCCGCAAUCCAAAAUAUCGGGGCACAUGGGAUUGUUUGCGCACCAUAUUCGCAAAAGAAUCGGUGAGUGGUCUUUAUAAAGGCAUGACUUCGCCAAUCGCAGGAGUUGCUGUGGUAAAUGCCAUCGUCUUCGGCGUUUACGGUUACACUCAGCGGAAUUUGUCUGAUCCUGAUCGAAUGUCAUCGUAUUUCCUGGCUGGUGCAUCUGCCGGGAUUGCUCAAACUCCCGUUUCGAGUCCAAUAGAAUUAGCGAAAACACGUUUGCAAUUGCAGUCCACGGGUCAAGGUAACGUUCAAGGACCGAUGCAGUGCUUGAGGAACGUCUACAGGCAGGAAGGUUAUCGCGGCGUUUUUAAGGGUCUAGGUAUUACAUUCCUCAGGGAAGGACCGAGUUACGGUGUGUACUUCGUGACCUACGAGAUGCUGACCAAGACGUCCUCGAAACAACCAAUUUCGACGCUUCAUAUGCUGCUGGCCGGUGGAUUCGCUGGCACAGCUUCUUGGGUGAUUUCCUACCCCAUUGAUGUCAUCAAGUCGCGCAUACAAGCGGAAAGUAGCAAUCGUUAUUCAGGAGCUCUGGACUGUCUGAGGAAAUCUGUACGCGCCGAAGGAUACAGCUGCUUAUACCGGGGUUUGAAUUCGACGAUUCUUCGAGCAUUUCCAACGAACGCGGCGACUUUCGCUGUAGUCACAUGGACGAUCCGAUUGCUCGGUGAGCAACCAAAUGAGGCACCAAAGGCGGAGGAUGUUGUGUCAAGGACGACGAUACAGACGAAAAAUCGUACAGCAACAGGCUAUGAAUCCUUCUUUAGUAAGUGGAACGCAUUCUUCGACGGUAUUUCGAGGAAUAACAAUUUUGCUACUCCGUCAUACUCCGUCGGAUACAUGUUGCCGAUCAGCAGGUUAAUGCCAGAUAACAGUGCCUGCCUGGUCCACAACUGUAGACGAUCGGAUUGCAAACACGACUCGCUGAAGCAAAGGAAUACGUCCGACGGUCGGGAGGAGAGAAAAAGAAAAUCGAGAAACGAUGAGGAGAUCGAGGAGGAUGAACAUGUGGACGAAAAGAAGGAUUGUGGCAACGUUAAGAUGGCCAUAAAUACAUGUACCUGUAAUCUACAGUGCGUACUUGGUGUCUCAAAUCUGGAUAAUACUUGAUGUUAAAGCAUGACAAAGUCUUUAACAUGUGGUGUAUUCUUAGUGCAAUAUAAUGUAAAAAGGGAAUGCAGCAUUCACAAAUUUUUCUCUAAUAAUUAAUUCAAUUAACGACAAAUGCAUAUACAUAUGUAUGUUGCAAGACAAAGCACAAAAUGGAUAAAUAGUUUAGCUGAGCUAUUCUUGUGUUAAGAGAUGUGAAGUUGGAUUAAAGUUACAAACUCGCUAGGAAAACGUAUAUAUAAUAUCUUCAAUUCAACAAUUGAGUAAGCAGUGAAAUGACUAUACAUUUUAAUGUGUCUAUAUUAUAUAUUUUAAUUUACUGGCGUAAACGUAUAAUAAUAUUUAUAAUGAAAAUUGCCUUUUAAUCCUCUUUCUAAUGUUUUUUUCUAUUAUAGCUGCUUGAUUUAAUCGAUACAUCGUGUGAUCGAUUUAAUCGAUACAGGCGUGUUUUAUAAACUUUUACUUUUUAUAUUGAUCUAUUUUCUUAAAAUGAGUUAACGCAAUUAAUAUUUGUAUUAAGCUCGCUAUGAAGCAGGAACAGAAAGAUCUCUUUUGUCAAGCAGCAGUCUUUGAUUGAUUGGCGGACAUGCAAGACCACAUGUCAUAGCCAGACGCGACAUUUAUUCGCUUUUAAAAUCAUACAAAAUAGUUUGUAUCCUUCUUACAAUUCCCUCACCGAUUUCAUCCCCCUCCCCCCUGUACACUCUUCUGCAUUUCUUCAGUCUACAAAUUGUUCUUCGAAUCUUCCCCGUCCACGUGUCAAAAUUUUGACACAUUCUAAAUUCCCAGCACAUAUGAAUCCACACGGCAGUACAUUUUAGCCAUUGCUAAUUAUUCUUAGCAAUUGAUCGCGAACAGGACUUUGUUGUAACUACGUUUUAAUUCCAAAAAUCACUAAAAAAUUACCAAGUUGUAAAUUAUAGACGUUAAACCUGCAUCAAGAUUAAUACAAUUUGUUAACCUCCCACGCGAUUGUUCUAAAUUUUCAAGAAACAAUUAUUCUUACUAAGUAAGUAUGAGCUAAAUUAACAAAUCUAAGAUGUGCAAUUCUUAAAAAUUCAGGAACUUAAUACAGACAAAUACUGAGAAACUGGUUCUUACAUAUAUAUAUAUUUAUAGCGUUAUACACAUAUAUUUAACCAAUAAAAGUAAUUUAUUAAGUA